AUGCCCCAUGCCUUUCUUGGUUGGACCAGCCCAACCGGCGAUUUACGUCUUCCUGAAUUGGGAGAGCAAGCACAAGUCUCUCUUCUUUUUUUGUUUUUACCCUUUAUUGGAACUUUAAAAAUUCUUCCUACUGAACGGGAGCUACUAGAUUUGUAUUUGUUGAAUCUUCCUUACCAAGACCCCGAAUGGGUUAACUUUUUGAACACCACGCAGCUCAGUAGUCCACCCGCUGAGCUGGAUUCCGCUUUCCAGUCGUUUAUGCGGCUAGAAUUCUCCGUAUCCGCCCGGGAAAUGGUACCUGUAAUUGUGAUCCGUUUGCCAGAACUAAGGGGUCUUUCUGUGGAAACCUUCACGAACAAUCGUCGUUUUUUGAUGGUUUUUCCGCUUCUCACAGCUGCUCUUUCUACACCCCCGGAUAUCUGGUGCCAAACCGUCGCCCGUUUCCUUAUUUCUUUGAUAAUAGAGUUGUCUAUCUUUGUGGCAUCGAUUGUACAAGUUCGUGAAGAAGGCUGGACGAGUGGAAUGAGGGAAAGCGGCUCGAUCGACAAAAAAGAAGAGUAG